GCUGACAUUGAUCGACUGGCUCUCAGUGGACCCGCAGGGUGUCACUCCGCUUUAGAGGGUGGGAGAGACAAAGUGACAGCGCUGUAAAGCUGAGCAUCACAUUGUGCAUUCUGUAGGGGUGACCCAUUGACUGGCCCAUACGCACUACUAUGGAGUGGCUUUGGAUCGCCGUGGCAACAUGUAUGCUCACGUCCUGCUCUGUCAAAGGCAACGACUGGUGGUGGGAGUAUGAGGAGGGGAUCCGACACUACAGCAAGGAGGCCCUCAACAAGGAGUUUCCAGAGAAAACUCGGCCGGCGAGCUUCAAACAUCCUGUGUUCCAGUGCCCAGACAUGAGUCCUUCUCACUCUGUACCCACCUCAGUUGAACUUGUGAAGGCGGCAGAUAUCAAAGUCAUCGCUGCCUUGGGGGAUUCACUGACGACGGCCAUCGGUGCCAACGCCACCACUGUCCUCGGGAUUCCUAUUGAGUUCCGUCAUGUGUCGUGGAGCAUUGGAGGCUACGGGUCAUUUCAGGAUGUCAUUACUUUGGCAAACAUCAUCAAGCUGUUCAAUCCCAAUCUGCUUGGUGCUGCUCCGGGCAAGACGGUUCAUGGGAUGCAGGCUCAUAUCAGCGAAACAGGCUUUAACCUGGCUGUGACUGGACAUAACACCUUCAACCUCCCCGGCCAGACGAGACAUUUGAUCGACACACUGAGAGGUUAUGAGGGUCUGAACUUCGAGAAGGACUGGAAGCUUUUGACCAUUCUCAUGGGCAUGAAUGACAUCUGCGAUUACUGCAAAGAUAAGGCUCUCUUUUCAGUGGAUAACUACAUUCACUAUAUGACCGUGUCCCUGGAAAUGCUUCUGAAUGAGGUUCCCCGUAUGAUCGUUAAUGUGGUUCAGAUCCUGCCCAUGCAGACUCUGAGGGAGGUGCAGAAGCCCACUCCGGGGUGCCUGCUACAAAGGUCGUUCUGCUCGUGCCUGAUAGAGCCUGAAGCAAAGUCUCGUGAGCUUCAGGAGCUGGUAGAAGUCAAUCUGGAGUUCCAGAAAAGACUUGAGUCGCUGCUGUAUAGCGAUCGUUUCUUCAGGGAUGACUUCGCCGUCGUUCUUCAGCCCUUUCUGAAACAAGCUGACCCCCCCCGCCUCCCGAAUGGGAAGAUCGAUAUGACCUUCUUCACUCACGACUGCUUCCACUUCACCAUUAAGGGGCACGAGGAGCUGGCCAAGGGACUGUGGAACAACAUGUUUCAGCCUGAGGGGGGAAAGAUGAUUGUGAGCAGCUUCUCUGACCCCAUCAGUCUCAUCUGUCCACCGAUGGAACAGCCGUAUAUCUUCACCCGACCAAUUGCAGCCAAGUCAGGUCAGCCUCCACUGCAGUCUGCCGCUCUGUCAGAGGCAGCGUACUUCCUGCUGCUCCUGCUCCUUGUGGGUUUGGCAUGUCUCGGACUUCUGUAGCUUUUACUUUGCUGGACUAUUUUACAAUCAUGCUACUGCUACACUGGUCACUGUUGAGGUGAUACAGAGGAUCACCUGCAAAGGAGAGUCUGUGAGCCACUUUUCUUAGACAUUGCAUGUCUUUGGCCCCAAAUAGCAGCAUACAGGAAAGGACUGCAGUGAUAAGCUCUGAAACCACGUAGAUAAUGUGACAGUGAAUGCUGCAACCUAAGUAUUUCAGCAUUAGAGGCAGGUGGAGGUGGUUGUUGGUGGGAAGCUUUCUCUGGAUGAAACCAUUGCUGCUCAAAGCAUAAGGUUUUCUAUUUUGCUUUUAAAUUUGAAUUCAUCAUCCCUGAACCAAGAUGAUUUACCUGCUCUGACCACACACUAACUGUGGGGACGAUCUUCAAUGUUUCACACACAUUCGUAAUGAGAAUAAUACUCUGUAGGUGUAAUUUUAAGGAGAUGUCUGUCCAUGAGCUGCUUUAACUACACUGUAUUACCUAAUAUUAAUUGCAUUAGAGUUUGUAACACGUGAAGCAUGAAGUAACACUUUUUUGACAUGUA